UUCAAUGUUAUGAUUUUUGAGAUUUUAACGUCGCGAUUUUGACACGUCGACUUCAUCAGUGCUCUCAUCUCUUUCUUUCGAUAAUAUAUAACAACGCUAUACAAAAGACAGAUAGAACGAAAUCACUCACAAGAGCAAGUUCGUGCCUACUACUUAUAUACAUUAACAUAAUGAACUCCUCUCGACUCAACAUCAGCAGCGGCAAGUGAUGGCAAAUGAUGGCAAUAAUGAUGCCUGAUCAUCAUCGCUGAUGUGCGUCCGGUUUGCUGCUGCUACAGCUGAAAAUAAUAUUUGUGCUUAUUCUUCAUGGCUGCUGAAGUUGGAGCAAUGGACAGUUCUGCACCAGGACAGUUGCAAAUCAAGUAUCAGAAGCUAGCCACCGAAUACUCCAAAAUACGUGCACAGGCAAAUGUCCUGAAAAAAGCUGUGAUCGAUGAACAGACUAGAAAUACUGAACUUAGAGAGCAAUUGAAAGAAAAGCAAGUUGAACUGAGAAGAGCAGCACAAGAAUUGGAUAGUCUGACCUUCCGUAAUCAACAGCUGACGAAAAGAGUGACAGUCCUGCAAGAGGAUUUGGAUAAGAUUCAGAAUAAAACGAAAAAAGGAAAAAGUAAGACUGCAGACAAUAAAACUCAACCACCGCCUCCUCCACCAAAUCAUAUUUUAGAUGAAGAGUUUCAGAAGAAAAUCAUUGAAAAUGCCCAGCUGUUGUCACAAAUCAGUGAUAAGAAUAUUGAGAUUGAUAGUUUGAUGGGUAGGAUUCAACAAUUAGAGUAUAAGUUAGAAUUAUCAGAAAAAGCAAAGGUCGAGUUGGACAGUAAAUAUUGCGAAACGAUAGAAAAAUUAGAGAGAGAAAGAAACGAUGCUCAAAGAAAGCUCAGUGAAAAAUUAAAGCAGGAGGAAACCGUUUCAUGGUCUAGUGGAGAAGGAAAGUAUGACUUGGACUUGAAAUCAGGAAAGUUCACAAACAAUAAGCAAGAUCCUUCUCCAUUUUCUUCACCCUCGGCUUCAAGACGGUCUUCCAAAUCAACUGUUGAAAUUGAACCCACAAGAAAAACUUGGUCUACGUAUCAGAAUGAAAAUGGCUAUGAUUUUGAACUUUCAAAAUUUUGUGAAUUAGAAAAGGAACUAAAUCAUUGGAAAACCCAAUACAAUGUUGUUAAAAUUAAGUAUGAUGAGUUAAAUCAAAAAGAAAACAAAGAAAAGAGAAUACUCGAAACAAAUCACUUAGAACCAGUUGAAAUUAAUAAUAUGAUUGGAAGACUGACUGCACCCUUUUCUUUACCAGAGGAGAUUGAGGCUCGUGAAGAAAAAAUGAAAGAGUAUUUUUUACGAGAAAUCGAUAGGUUAACAACAGAAAAACACAUUUCUCAUGUUAGGAAUCUAACUAUAGCUGCAAAUACUGAAGUAAUGAAUGUGCAUUUAGACACAAGUGAAGAAAAAAGGGAAAAAUGUGAAGCUGCAUUAUUAGAAGCUCUUUCAAAAUGUAAAAACUUGCAAGAAGACAAAGAGAUUCAAGAGGGAAAUUACAAAUUACAACUGAGUACCAUGAGUGAACAUCUUGCUAACAUGAACGAGAAACUAAUUCGGCAAACAGAAGAAAUUCAGCAGUUGAAAUUCGAACUGUCUACUAAAAAUGGUAAAAGGGGGAAGUAAAGUUGCCCUUCAAACUAUUUCAUAUCGACGAUACAACACAUUCCAUGAUGCAAUAUGUGCUCAUCAAGGAACUUUAUUUAUUGUAAAUACUACGAACAUAAUAUCCAAUUUCGAUGUGCUCCUAACUGCAAAGACUUGCUGUGAGCUUUCUGACUUGGUGUUACGUUAUUUAUGAAUUAUAAAUAAUAAAAAUUUUAAUGUUCGCUAUUCGAAUGUUAAA